UUCGUUGCUGGAGCGGAGAAAGGGAAUGUCUGGUUCCAGGAAGGAGUUUGACGUGAAGCAGAUUUUGCGGAUCCGAUGGAGGUGGUUCGGUCACCCGACGUCCCCGCCGCCGCACAGCCAGCCGCUGGGGGACUUCUUUAGCGGCAGGAGCACGGGGAGUUCAUCGGAAAACCCCUCCGUGAGCGGAGGUGCCACUGGCGCCAGCAACAUCAGUAGCAGCAGCAGCAGCACCAGCAGCAGUAACAGUAACGGUUCCUGUAGUAACACCAACAAUAACAGAAAGUUUUUGGACUCACCUGGCAAUUCCGUGGCCUUAUCUGCGAGUGCUUCUGUUUGUCCGCGCUCGUUUAGCCAACAGGACUGUCGGAACCCACCGCCCCUGCCCUGGGUCGCCUCUCCACCCCCAGAGAUUCCCGUCCUGGAGUUGGCAAAGGAAGGUUGCGCGGGGUCCCAACAACAUCACCCAGAGGGCGCAGAGACGGAGGAAAUCGGUGCAAGCGAAGAGGAGAACAUCAAUGUCGAUUCCGAUUCCAGCUCCUGCAGGACCUCCAACAGCACACAGACCAUCUCCUCAUGCCACACCAUGGAGCCGUGCGGCCCGGAGGAGCUGUUCCAGGCCCUGAGCCACGCUGAGCACACCUUCCACAAGAUGGAGAGCUACCUGAGGCACAAGCAGCUGUGCGACGUGGUGCUGCUGGCCGGCGAGCGCAGGAUCCCAGCACACAGACUCGUCCUCUCCUCGGUGUCCGAUUACUUCGCCGCCAUGUUCACCAGUGACGUCAUGGAGGCCAAGCAGGAGGAAGUGAAGAUGGAAGGUGUGGACCCAGAUGCAUUGUGGGCCUUGGUGCAGUAUGCCUACUCAGGUCGUCUGGAGCUGCGGGAGGAGACGAUCGAGAGCCUGCUGUCGGCCUCCUGCCUGCUGCAGCUGCCCGCCGUGGUGCAGGCCUGCUGCUCCUUCCUCGCCAAGCAGCUGCACCCCUCCAACUGCCUGGGCAUCCGCUCCUUCGCCGACGCCCAGGGCUGCCUGGACCUGCAGGCGCUGGCGCACGACUACACCAUGGAACACUUCUUGGAGGUGAUGAAGAACCAGGAGUUCCUGCUGCUGCCGCCCGCCGAGAUGGAGAAGCUGCUGUCGUCGGACGACAUGAAUGUGCCGGACGAGGAGACGGUGCUGGGCUCCCUGCUGAGCUGGGUGCGGCACGACCCCGCCGAGCGUCAGCAGCACCUGCCCGCCCUCCUGGCGCACAUCCGGCUCCCCCUGCUGGCCCCACAGUUCCUGGCGGACAUGGAGUCGAACCCGCUGCUGCAGGACAGUGUGGAGUGCCAGCGGCUGGUGAUGGAGGCCAUGAGGUACCACCUGCUGCCUGAGCGCCGGCCCCUGCUGCAGAGCCCUCGCACCCGGCCCCGCAAGGCCACCGUGGGCGCCAUGUUCGCCGUGGGGGGCAUGGACGCCACCAAAGGUGCCACCAGCAUCGAGCAGUACUGUCUGCGCAGGGACGCGUGGAAGCAGGUGGCGGUGAUGAGCGGCCGGAGGCUGCAGUUCGGCGUGGCCGUGCUGGACGACCGGCUGUACGUGGUGGGGGGGCGCGACGGGCUCAAGACCCUCAACACCGUGGAGUGCUACAACCCCCGGAGCAAGAGCUGGAGCGUCAUGCCCCCCAUGUCCACUCACAGGCACGGCCUGGGAGUGGCGGUGCUGGAGGGGCCCAUGUACGCGGUGGGGGGGCACGACGGCUGGAGCUACCUGAGCACGGUGGAGCGCUGGGACCCGCAGGCGCGGCAGUGGAGCUUCGUGGCCAGCAUGGCCACGCCUCGCAGCACCGUGGGCGUGGCCGUCCUCAACUCCAAGCUCUACGCGGUGGGCGGGCGGGACGGCAGCUCUUGCCUGAAGUCCGUGGAGUGCUUCGACCCGCACACCAACAAGUGGAGCAACUGCGGCCAGAUGGCCAACCGCCGGGGCGGAGUGGGCGUGGCCACCUGGAACGGCUUCCUGUACGCCAUCGGGGGCCACGACGCGCCCGCCUCCAGCCUGGCCUCCCGCCUGUCGGACUGCGUGGAGAGGUAUGACCCCAAAACAGACACCUGGACCGCCGUGGCGCCCAUGAGCAUCAGCCGGGAUGCGGUGGGGGUGUGCCUCCUUGGUGAUCAGCUCUAUGCCGUAGGGGGGUACGAUGGACAGAUCUAUCUCAACACCGUCGAGGCCUACGACCCCCAGACCAACGAGUGGACUCAGGUGGCGCCUCUUUGUCUGGGAAGGGCGGGGGCCUGUGUAGUCACUGUGAAACUGUGACAUCACACUGGACACCGGGCCAGGCUCUCUUGAAUGGCUACUCCUAUGUCAUAUUGCCGUUCUACCUAUAAAUCGUUUCAUGUGGAAGACGGACUUUUCACAGACGGGAGGUUCUGGAGGAUGCGGGGCACUACUCCUGUGGAGUUUAGUUCAGAUCUGGGCUGACCGUAGUGGUUCCAUAUCCAUCAGGAAGGCAGAGGAGGAAUAUGCUUGCUUGUAAAAUGUCCAUAUCUCUGUUCUGUGGUGCUUUAAUUAGCUGGGUUGAAACUUUGACGAGUGAAAAGCUACUCUUCCCCACCUGUACAGUAGAUAUCGUAAAUAUAAUUAAAUGUCCCUGCAAUUAAGUUUCACAAUGCCCAGUGUUGUAAUAACUGGAAUGACAACAGCCAGGCUAAAGAUGUAACUUGAAUAGUUUUCUGGAGUAGCUGUCCUUUCCUUCCAGGGCUCGUACCAGUGGCCUGCGGGACGAGGUGAAGCAGGGCUCCGUUUUGCUGACAUGUUUUUAGUCGCUGUUAACAGAGCCAGGGCAGGUGCACUUUAAAAGUCUGUGCCUGGGAAAUUUAUUUUUAUUCGUUCACCUAUUGACAGAACAGAGUAAGAGAGACGGAUCAAAACAAAAGAACAGAGAGAGAGGCCCAUCCAUCAGCUCCUGUCCUCGUGACAGGGUACAAAUUGCAUUCGGGGGAUGAGGAAGGAAACUGCCUUUUUCGUCCGAUGGACUUCAGCAAGAGCGUGAUGGAACCUACCCUGCCCAGCGGGGCAGGGUAGGCGUCCAGGUGCAGUACACACCUUUUGCCAGCAGGUGUCCCAGCGACCAGAACUGUUGGCCUCUUUCCAUCAGCCAUGUUGAACAGUGUGUGGACAGCCCCCGUGGAUGCAGGUUCAUAUAUGAAAAUCAGCUUCCUCAUAUUAUCUAGAGGUGCAGUUAGAUACAAAACGUCAUCAGAAUUCUACCCCUUUUCCACCCUUCACCUCUCAUAGUGGUAAACAACUAUUCAGUGGUGCUACUGCUAGCUAACUAACUAAAAAUACCAGUACCUGUUCACAUACUAUCAGCUAGCUAACUAUCCAGCCAGGUGGAAAGAUGGUCAAAUUUGUUGUGUAUACCAUCCUGCAUUGUUUGGCCUGUAACUGUAGAU